AUGUCCUUGUCUCAGCCCGCGAACCUGGUGCAACUGGUACGCACGUCCGGCCUGUGCAUCCUGCGACAGCUCAGGCUCGAAGAGAAGCUCCUGCGUUCACCCGGCGCGGGCAACUGGUGCCUGCUCAACGACGGCACCCCCGAUCGCUCGGUGGUGCUCGGCAUCUCGGGCAAGCCGCACCAGCUCGUGGACGUGCGACGGGCUCUAGACGACGGUGUGCGGGUCAUCAAGCGCUUUUCCGGUGGUGGAACCGUGAUCGUCGACCGGGACACCCAGUUCGUCACGCUGGUGAUGAACGCCGCGGCGGUGCCCGACCUGGCGCUGUUCCCGCGGCAGAUUAUGGACUGGACGGGAUCGCUGUACGGGGGCCGGCCGCACGGCGUGUUCGCGGACGUGCCCGGGUGGCAACUCCGCGAGAACGAUUACGUCAUCGGCGAGCGCAAGGUGGGAGGGAACGCGCAGAGCAUAUCGAAGGACAGGUGGCUGCACCACACCAGCUUCCUGUGGGACUUCAGGGAGGAGACGAUGAAAUACCUGACCAACCCGGCGAAACAGCCCAGGUACAGGGCGAACAGGUCGCACUCCGAUUUCCUCGCGCCGCUGAAGACGUACCUGCCAGACAGGAACGCCCUCGCGACGAGAAUAGAGGCUGCAUUGGAGGGCAUGGGGCUGGAAGUGGCGCCAGCCAGCAUCGAACAGGCAGAGGACGCAGUCGCCGCCUUCCACCGCGGGAGUGGAGUGGGGACCACCGGCGUGGUGGACCUGGAAACGGCGUUAACGCUGGGGCCGGACGACAGGGCGCCGAUGCUGACCGGGGCGUAG